UGAACCCAGCCCAUCCUUCACCCUUGACCUUUGAAAAUCUUGACUCCUCUCGUAUGGUCUCCACCAUUCCUUUGCAUAAAUCCCUCUGACUUUCCAUUUAUUCAACCUAUAUAUACUGCAACCUCUUCAAUUUUCUUUCGUCAAUAGCUUAUUCUAGGAAGAUUGCUGAUCCGGCCUGAACUUGCAUGCUGGACUGCUUCCUAAUUUGCCAGCAUGAGUUGUUCCGAAGAGAGUGGUGCUAGAACUGGUGCGAGCACAUCUCAGCAGAAGAUCAAAUACAAGGGAGUGCGCCAAAGGAAAUGGGGCAAGUGGGUCUCCGAAAUCAGAGUCCCCGGCUCCCAAGAACGCCUCUGGCUCGGCUCCUUCGCCACACCCGAGGCUGCUGCGGUGGCUCGCGAUGUUGCUUAUUAUUGCCUGCGCGGAUCAUCGACGUUGGACAACCUCAACUUCCCACUUACGUUGCCUUCUGGUGUCCGGCCCGGCAUGUCGCCGAGAUCGGUCCAGAAAGCGGCCUCCGACGCUGGUCUGGCUAUCGAUGCACAGUUUAUCACAAACAAGUUGCCCGAAAAUGAAGUACUGAAGGAUGAUAAAAGUGGUCAUGUAGGCGCUCAUGGCUUGCAGACGGAGUGUUGGGAGUUCGCGGGAGACAAUUGUGGAACAUGGGAAGGCAGCGAGUUGAAAGAAGGAGAUGAUCAGGCUUUCAGCAUAUGCGUCGAAGAUUAUAUUUAAGCAGUAGUACCGGUUUUUUAUACGUGCAUGGCUUUUAAAUUCCGUGUAUAUAAAUAUGAUCCGUUAACCAGCUCGAAUGCUAAUAUGCCCUCACAACCUGAAAGGAUAUUAAAAGUUGACAAAAAUGGGCCUGUAUGCCCUUAGAAGGUAAUAGAUGCCCUAACCAGCUUUUCUCUUGUUGGUCUGUGGUUCUUUGUUGUUGGUUUCUGGCUUUAGAUUAAAAGGUCCUUUUUACACUUGGGUUUGGGUUUUGGGUGUUUCAUGUAGCACUCAAGUGUCUGAUUUGUUCCACGGUUUUCUUCUGUGUGAGGGUUUUUUUUUAAUAAAUUUGGAGACGGGUAUGUGACCCAACCUCUUUUUAAAAAAAAGAAAAGAAUGCUAAUAUGCCCUCAUAUCAAGCACGUCUUUUUGUAUAUGUAAGUUGAUGAUCGAUACAUAAAUUUUUAUAGACUCAAAACCAACGGCCAGUUUUAUGGACUU